AUGACGAGUAAUUUUUGUUUUCUUCUCUCUUUUUUUUAAUUCUAGAAAUUUACCGAUGGCAUCACAAAUAAGCUUGUCGGCUGUUUCUACAAUCCUCCACUAUCCACAACAAACAAUAAUGGCGAUGAUAUUGAAAACGGCAGCUCAAAUGGCAACAAUAAUACACCCACUUCCCCGACUGCACCAACAUCGACGCUGGUCGAUGACAACAACGACUCGGGCAAUAUCAGCGAUACGGACACGCUGGAUUCAGAGGUGACCACGUCAAGUGCUGGCGAAGCAGCUAGCCCCCCACAGGCAACUAAUAUCAAUACAAAAGAUGAAAACUAUAGCAACGUAGCACUGGUGCGUGUCUAUGGUAAUAAAACGGACCUGCUGAUCGAUCGUAAAGCCGAGACACGCAACAUACAGCUGUUGCACACGUACGGUUUUGCCCCUACACUUUUCGCAACAUUCAAAAAUGGACUGGUUUACGAUUUUGUACCUGGUGUAACAUUGAAGCCGACAAGUGUACUGGAGCCAAAUGUUUGGCGUUUAGUGGCAACACGCAUGGCGGAGAUGCAUCGCCGUGUGAAGGUCAAAGAAGUGGCGACAGCUGGUGGUGGCGGUGGUGGUGAAGGUGCUGGUGCUGGUAAACCCCUUGUACCAAUGUUGUGGCGUAAAGUGCAGAGCUUCUUUGAUUUGGUACCUGAACGUUUUAGUGAUGCUGAUAAACAAAAAAGGCCAUCCCAACCCCAAGAAUGUUUAGAAAUCAAUGAAGGACUUGGAUGGGGGCGGCGAUGGCGAUGGCGAUGGCGACGCGACGACAAUGGCGGCGGCGACGGCGACGGUAAAUGUCUAAGAUCGUUUAGGCUGCGACUGCAGAUACGGCGGCUACGGCUGGGACGUCUGUGGUGGCAAAAGUGGACAAUACGGACGAAGAUUUUGGGCGGACAUACGGAAGUGUUACGGUGAGAGAUCCAGCGGGAUAUUGCGUAUUGAUGAGUGCUACAUCGAUGGCAAUUUCGUCGCUUGGGACGAUGGUGUGCGAAGUGGUAACGCUUCGUGUGCUCUCGUCAAAAAGUAGAUACUUGCAUUCGUGUACGUGCUCAUACCGAUGCGCGAU